GCGAUUCUUGAGCAUACAUCGCGACUAUAUCAGAACAGAACACAGGGGGUUCUAUUCAUCAGAUCACCGUGCGGGUAAUGGUUCUGACAGCAAACGAGGCUUCCGGUUUCCGCGACUACGGAGGGUUGAGUAGAACGGCGGGCGGCAUGGACUUCUUCGCCGACUGGGACUUGGAAGAGGAGCAGCAGGAGGUGGAGGAAGUGGUAACGUUCCUGGCAAACGGCACCCUCCCGGCUCUGCUUUCAUAUCCCAGUACCUCAGCAGUCCGGAGCCGAGCUGACCAGGCGAUCUUCAGAGGAGAUGUGCCACUCGAUAUGAUCUGGGAUGGCCAAGGCUUGAGUAAAUACCGAGACAAGGAGAGUGCAAACCCACUGGCGGAUGUCACUGAGAGUCUUUGGCGGAGGGCAUCAUCUGCCGGGGCAAAGAUGGCAUUGCAGAGAAAAGCUUUUGGUAUUGCUGACGACAUAUAUGCCGCAGGUUUACUCGUUGCUUACUUGGCAUUCAUACCCUUCUGUGAAGUAGGGAGCAUCGAUGGGCCAGCAUUGCAGAAGCUCCUAGAGAGAACAUUUCGACUGGAUAUUGCUGCUGCGAGAGACUACUGUGCUGCUGAUGACAGGUGGAAAGAUGCAGUCGAAUUUCUAGAUCUUGGUCAAGGAGCGGGCUGGAAUUUGUUGCAGGCUAUGUUGAACCCUGACUAUCGGCAACGCCCGACAGCGGAGGCUGUCAUGAAGCAUCCAUUCCUCACGGGAGAGGUCCUUGUGUAACCCACUCCACCGGAGAUUAGUUGUAUUUCAGUAGGACGUUUUUCUAGGAAGUUAAUGUAUUCAUAAAUUUCAUAUUAUUGAUCAUAAUGCCAUAACUUUACGUAGAAUCGUUGUAGAUUUAAUGGACGGGCAUUAUUUGUUCUGUAGCUGUCUCAUGCGCAUUAAUUUCUCUCACCACCUCUUUCUCAUUAUUACAUCAGCAAAUGAGCAUGAGCAUGAAUGAUAAUAUAAAGUUGUUGAAAUUCGAAGAGAGAUGCAGACAGUCCACGGCAAGUCUCAGAAAAAAUGUUUUCUCUUUUCUUUCCAUUGGCGAGAUGAUGUAAACGAGUUCACUACAAGUCUAUGGGAAUGUUGGACCAGAGUUUGGAGGUAACUAUGGAAGUUAUUGAAGUCACGUUCUCUUCACUUUUGCCGAUUGACCACCUGUACGUUUCGCAGCCAUUUUUCGCCGACGCAUUUGCAUGCAAACCACAAAUUUUGGGGGUCGGCAGCCAGAGCAAAAUGGCUGGAGGUGGUACCAAAAGCGUGGCCCACGCGGGUUCGUUCUUUCUUGGCGUGCAGGGAAUUUGGAGCCCCGCCAGGCAAACAUUGGUCAGAAGUACUGGUGGUUUAAGAGGGCUAGCUUAAAGGAUGAUAUGGAGUUGUUGAAAUUCGGGGAGAUGCAGGGCAAUCUACUGCAAGUCUAUGGGAAUGUUUGAUCAGAGUUUGGUACUUCUUUGGAAGGUUAUAAAGGCAUGUUCUCUUUUCUUUCCCCCCUUGAGAGGGUUGGAUGCUCAAACUCACAUGAUCUUCCAUGAGUCUGAAUUUGGACCAGUGAUCUUUAUUAAGACUUACAUGCGUGCAACAUUCACUCUCCAGGGAUGUGCACCUCCACAUAAUCCCUUUCCUUGCGGUGAGGAAGAACCUCCAGGGUAAGAGAUCACAACAGGUCCUAGAAGGUAAGUGGGUUUUUCUUCCUGCAGUGAGGAACACCGAUUCUUGAUUCUCGCAUGUUGCCCUCAAAGCACGGGAUCAGGAUUGGGACUGGGGAAUGGAACUGGGACUGGGACUGGGACUGGGACUGGGAAUGGGAAUGGGAAUGGGAAUGGGAAUGGGACCGGUAAUGCUCAGGAAAGAAAAGAUUUCAGUUGUGUGUGGCCAAAAAGAGUACUAGUGGAAACCAGUCGACAGCAGAGAUUG